UCUCUGUGUAGCUUUGGAGCCUGUCCUGGAACUCACUUGGUAGCCCAGUCUGGCCUUGAACUCAAAAAGAUCCACCUGCCUCUGCCUGCCGAGUGCUGGGAUUAAAGGCGUGCGCCACCACCGCCACCAGCAGUGCUGUUUAUUUUAGCAUAAUUCACGAUUGAGCCAUUAAAUAACUAAGGGGUUUCUCAAACCAGAUCAUGUUUUCUAGAAGUCUUUCCUCAGUCACAGGGCUUGGGAAAUGUCUGUGGAGACAAUGGUUUUCUGUCCUCAUGAUUUUGUUUGAAAUACAGAUUUAUGUUAGGGUUUCAUGGAGAAUGAUUUCUUCAGUGCUGGAGGCAGAACUCAAGGCCUCACACACAUUAGGCAAGUCCUCUACCCUUGAACCACACUCCUAUUGCACAAGUGCUUUUUACUUCCUUGUUUUGUUUUUAGUGGAUUAUAGGAAAGGGAUCUAUCUGAAAUCAUGAGAUAUAUUGACAUUCUGUUUCACUUGCUGUUUCCAUUUUCUACACUGCAUGUCUCCAAGCAACUCACAUUUGCAAACACAGCUAUGGAUACACUAUUUGUCUUGACAAUAGUUACCUUGGAAUUUAGGUCUAGUUUUGUCUCCACUUUCCUGUUUCUUAAUCAUAUAUAACAUGAUAGCAGGCUGAGUUAGAGGGUUUCUAUAAGUCCGUGUUAACAGUUUGUAGCAUCUAAUGAGAAGCUAGGAAGAAUGAGUAGCCAGGACCUGGUCACUUUGAAUGUGGGAGGGAAGAUAUUCACAACAAGGCUUUCUACCCUAAAGCAGUUCCCUACCUCUCGGUUGGCAGGCAUGUUAGAUGGCAGAGACCAAGAGUUCAAGACAGUUGAUGGCCAGAUUUUUGUGGAUAGAGAUGGUGCUCUGUUGAGUUUCAUUUUCGAUUUUCUGAGAAAUCGUGAGCUUCUGUUACCCUCUGACCUUUCAGACUAUCUUAGGCUCAGAGAGGCUGUUUUCUGUGAACUUGACUCCCUUGCUGAUGUCUUAAGCCAGCACCUGCUACAGUCAAGACCUGCUGUCAUGGAGGUGCGUUUUAAUACUCAAGCCUUCUUCCGAGUGUUUGGCUCUUGCAGCAAAACCAUUGAGCUGCUAAUGAGGAGGAUUACAGUGUUUGUAGAGCAGCCUACAGCGCUGGCCUGGAGCAGUAACCCCUUCCCUCCUCAGGUGACUCUACUGGCACUGCCUCCACAAAGACCUUCUCACCAUGACCUGGUUUUCCACUGUGGCUCUGAUGGCACUAUUGAGAACCACGCUGGAGUCAGGUACAUUUCCAUAAAGCCUGAUAACCGAAAAUUGGCGAAUGGAACAAAUGUCUUCGGCUUGCUGAUCGAUACUUUAUUAAAGGAAGGCUUCCAUCUGGUCAGCACUAGAACCCCAGCCUCUGGAGACAAAAGUGAAUGCUAUGUCUUUGAAAGGAUAAAAAGCCCUCAAGUCCUGGGGGUUAAUAAAACACGAAAACCAGAAAAUACCACCAUACCAGCGCUCUCUCAGAAGUGACACUGUUAAAGAGACAGUAAAGGGAAAAUGGUCUUGUUUGGAAUUGCACACCUGGAGCAUGUAUGUCAGUCAGAUUUGUACUCAGUCUGAC